CCUUAGCUUUUUCUGUCUAAAUUCAAAUAUAUGUAGUAGUCUCCCAAAAUGGCGCUCGUCCAGAGUGACGAAAUCGACUUUCACGCCCUCCGCGAGGCCGAAAGAAUGGUCGAUUCUUGCCAGGACUUUGCUGACCACUUGAUCGUGGCCGAAUUCCUGCCCCACUGCCGUUGGGUGGCCUACAUCAAUAUUCGCACCUUGGAGCAGGUCAUCUAUUGUGUGGAACUCAGUCGAGCUGGCUAUCGGAUCGUGGCCUAUGACUUUGACCUUGUGGCCGAUGAGGUGGCCAAUUGUGACACCAUCUAUGAGUCGGCCCACCAACUGCUGGCCGGGAUCAGUCCAUUGUAUGGCGAGAAAUAUGGCUUUGGACGAGAGCCUCUGAAGAAGCGAAAGUAGGCGUGGCAUGUGAAGAAUUUGUCUGCUAAUUGCUAAUUGCCGCCCCAAAAAGUGAUAAUUAAGCGUUUUGCAGGUAAAAUGACUUGAUUGCAAUAAUAAAGCCAGAGGCUGUGAGUUGGAUUCGGGGUCUCCCCAUUUGAUUAAUUGCUGCCAAGUGAGCACAGAUAGUAGAGAGGUGGAGAAGGGAGCGAGGAGCUGGGGAGCAGGUUGCCAGUUGAUUGACUCAACUUGGCACUCUCCUCGGACCUUUUGUAGCGAAAAAAGUUAACAAGUUUUUGUGCCGUUCCACUUGACUGCCGCCGUCGAAGGAGGCGAAUGAAGAUGCAGACGGUUGGAGCACCGAGCA